AUGGAAUUUCCACCAAUUAGAGAUGUAGAUGUUCCUUUAAAGUAUGAACAAUUUACAACAUUAGAAAGAUUCAUUGUUGACUCAGAGGGAGUCAAUAAUACAGAUAUUGCACAGUUUAUUGCUGAAUCUGGAAUUUUGGAUAAUAUUCAAGUACGUCAAGCAUUGAUGAAAUUGAAUGUGGAUAUUACGAUUCUAAUCGCUAAGAAUAAUAAUACAUUACGAACAGAAUUAAUCGAAUUUUCAAAAGAUCAACCAGAAUUACUUCAUAAAUGCCUUGAAUCUGAUCUAAUUUCACUUCAAGAUGUCUUGAAAACAGUGAAAGAAGAAACAAAUAUCGAAUAUUUACAGGAAUUUCUCAAAAUUUUUUCGAAAGAAAUUCCGGAUCCAUCAUUCUUAAUUAGUAGAAUUCCACCACAGCAUCAAAAUGCAUUAAUACAAAAUGAAGAUCAAUUAGACGAAGAAGAAAAGGCUCAAUAUGAAGUUGAACAAAAACUUAUCGAAAUUUUCAAGAAAGAUGAUUUAGAAACUCUCAUUUCAACGUUAGACAAUGACUUUGAUUUAGAUAUCAAACUCACUAAUCCACGUGAUACAAAAGAAAAUGCUUUUGAAAAAAUAAAUUUAUUAGAUUUUGCUGCAUUUUACGGAGCUAUCAGAUGUUUUACACAUCUUCUUGAAAAGGAGUUUUCUAUCACUCAAAAGACACUUGUACAUUCAAUUUUUGGACAUAAUAUUGAAAUUUUGAAAAUGUGCAUGGAAAAGAAGUCAUUUCCAAGAAAAGUAUUACUUUAUACUGUUGAGAGUCAUAACUAUGAUGCGUUUGAUAUAGUUAUUAAUAAAUUACGUGAAGGUGACAAAUUAAUUUUAAAUCAAGAGAUAAUAGAAGCAUUUCAUGAAUCACUGAACUAUGGAAAAGUAUUAUUUUAUGUUUAUCUUAAGAACACUGGUGUAUCUAUUCAAGAUUCCUUAUUUUACUUGAAAUCACCAAUUUUUGUUGAAGAUUUAUUCCAAAAAUCACAAGUAAACAUGAUCAAUCUACUUCAGCAGACUCCUUUGUUCUGUGUAAAUGAUCUUGAAACAAUUAAACUUCUUAUUGAGAAAGGAAUUGAUGUAAAUCGAAGAGACAAACUAAAAAGAACGGCCAUUUUCAUCGCAGCUCUCAAAAAUGAUUUCAAGAAAGUCAAACUUCUUAUUGAACAAGGUGCAAAAGUUUACGAAGAAUAUGAAAUCAUUAGAAAUUGUAUUUCUGCUAAACUUUAUAGAAUGGCGAGACUUCUUUUGAAUAGCGGAGCUCCAAUUGAUGAACAAUCAAAGAAUAGACUAUACCAAUUUGAAAAUUAUAAUACUUUGGAAGACGAUUUUUCUGAUGAAGACGAUAUGUACGUGAUGAUGGAAGCAGGAACCGGAAUCUUUCAUAAGAACCAAGAAGAUGAUAUUUCUUCUGAUGGUUACUCUGAUUUCGAAUUAUAUUGA